AUGCCUCGUUCAAAGCGCGCGCGCGUCGUCCAUGAGUCGAAGACGGCCAAGAAGGACCACAAGGAGCAGACCCGCCGGCUCUACGCCAACAUCCGGGAAUGUGUGGAGGAAUAUGAUCACCUGUUCGUCUUUGCGGUGGACAACAUGCGAAACACCUACUUGAAGGAUGUACGCUCUGAGUUUGCUGACAGCCGCCUGUUUUUUGGUAAGACCAAGGUCAUGGCAAAGGCUCUGGGAAGCAACCCCGAGACUGAGGCUGCGCCUAAUCUGCACAAACUCACUCCUUAUCUCACCGGUGCUGUUGGCUUGCUCUUCACCUCCCGAUCCGCCGAGUCUGUGAUUCAAUAUUUCGAAAACUUCCGCCCUUCAGACUUUGCCCGUGCUGGAACCGAGGCCACCCGCUCUUUCUCUAUCCCCAACGGCCUGGUGUACUCCCGAGCUGGCGAAAUUCCCACUAGCGACGACGAGCCUAUCAGCCACACCAUUGAGCCUGCACUGCGCAAACUCGGCGUCCCCACUCGCCUGGUCAAGGGCAAGGUUAUGCUCGAGUUGACCGAUGAUCAGGAGGGCUACCUGGUCUGUCGCGAGGGUGAUACUCUGGACUCCCGCCAGACUACCCUCAUGAAAAUGUUUGGUGUCACUUCCUCGGAGUUCAAGGUCGACCUGAAGGCCCAGUGGUCGCGGAAUACCAAUGAGGUGAAGAUUCUCGAACAGGGCGAUAUGGAGGUGGAUGCAUAA